AUGGGUGCUCGUCGCGAGGAACACCUCCUCUCGCCACUCCUCGAAGCCCUUUUUGAUUGUGACACCGCAAGUGCAACCGUUUCCGGCCUUCGCCUUUUCAACAACUUACUUUUUAUGGUCCCCACUGAAACACGAAGGAUUCAACUUGAAAAAGAGUUGCAAGAGCUUCAUUACGAGUCACACAUCAGCCAGAUUCGCAUCAAAUAUUCAACAGUGUCGAGUGUAGUCAGAGAAGUCGAACGAUUUUAUUCGAUCAAGAGGAAGCAAGAGCAAGGACCUAUCACACCAGUUUUGAUUCCAGAACAGCAAGUAAUGGAUCUUGAUGAGAAUGCGAAUUCUUCCUCAAGCGAUUCCGAUUCGAGUCUCUUGGACUCACUCAAAAUGGCGAUUGGUAAAAGUGGGGAGGCGAUGAAAAUUCGAAAGCGGCUUCUCGAAACGCUCACCGAGGUACUCGAGGAUGUUCAUUCGGAGAACGAUAUCGACCCCGUGUUGGCAAAGUGUAAACGAUUGCUGGGAAGCUCACUCAAUAACAAUUCCUCGUUUCAACUGCCAACCAUAACUCCGUCUGCUCCACCGCCACCACCUCCGCUAAUGAAUGGACCUUUACCUCCACCUCCACCACCUCUCACUGGCUGCUCUAUUGGACCUGGUCCUCCCCCACCUCCACCUCCAUUUAAUUUGGGAAACAAGAAAAUGAGCGAAACGACUCACGAGUUACCAGUCGCUUUUAAACCGCCGAAGAGAGCCGAGACAAAGAUGAUCAAGAUGCAGUGGACAAAAAUUCCCCCACGUGAAGUGACGAGCACGGCAAAUACUUUGUGGGGGAAAUUGGCAAAAGACGAGUGUCCGAUCACUUCUCAAGUACCGCUUGAUUAUUCACAACUUGAUGAGCUCUUCUCUCAGCAAAAUCCAAGAAAAAACAAAUCGUUGGAUAAGCCCAUCAUUGGUUCAAAGAAAACGGACGAAGUGAUCUUGCUCGACACAAAGCGUUUCAUGAAUGUUUCAAUAUUUAUCAAAAAGCUUGGGGAUGUACAAGAGUUGGUGAGUGAUAUUCGAGAGUGUCGAGGGACGACCCGCCUCGACACUCUGCAGAUGCUUCUUUCAACAGCAAUGCCCACUCGGGAAGAGGUUGAUCUAAUUCGAACGUAUACGGGUGAUUCGUCGAAGUUGGCUCCGCCUGAGUCUUUUUUCUUGCAUCUAGUCGCCAUUCCCGAUUAUUCGCUUCGGAUUCGAAUGCUCAAAUUUCGAAUGGACUUUCAUCUUUCAAUGGAAAAACUUGCUCCACAAGUCCGACUUCUCAGUGACGCUUGUGAACAGAUUCUUGCUUCAACAGCUUUACUGAGAGUUUUUGUGGUGAUUUGCAAGAUCGGAAACUAUUUAAACGAGGGCUCAUCGGCUGGUGAUGCUGCUGGCUUUAAGUUGAACUCUUUAUGGAAAGUGAUCGAGUUAAAAGCAAAUACUGGACAUGAAACUCUUCUACACUUCAUCACCAAAAAUGAUCCGAUUUGCGUGGAUAAUCUGAAAGCAGAAUUGAGUCUGAUUCCGGAAGCUGCGAAAAUUCCCUCUCCUAGCGAGAUCGAGACAGACUUUGGUGAGAUCGAGAAGCAACGAGCGGAGCUUGAAAAAGAGUUGAACGGAAAGCAAGAACCUGUAUUCAAAGAAAUGGGCUCUUAUAUCAAGAUCGAGUGCAAAGCUGAGAUUGAAGUGCUUGCGAAGAGCUUCUUUCAUCUUUCCGAUCUUCGUUCCCGUAUGGCCACUUAUUUCAUGGAGAAACCAAACGAGUUCAAGAUUGAAGAAUGCAUUCGAAUGUUUAGAAACUUUUUGUUGCGACUUGAAAAAGCGCAUCAGGAAAAUUUGCAAAGGGAAGAGAGCGCUCGAAAGAGAGAACAAAAAGCGAAAGCUGUUGGUGAGAGG